GCGUUUUGUUUUUCAGUUUUCGCCAAUCCAAUUCAAUUCAACUUGCACCACAAGGUUUGAACCAGUUGAACUGCUUUUUUUCAAAGAGUCAUCACGCUGUACACUUCUAAUUCUUUGUUCAAGAAGUCGAGCUAGCAACUCAUAAUCAUCUCUCAAUAAUCCUAAAUUGUUGAGAACCCCCUUCAUACUCAGUUUACACUUCGUUCAUCAACAAUGGCUUCAGAGUACUCAAGUCUAGAAAAGGACAAGCAGAUCAAAAAACUGAAGCGCGAAUUAGAGUCCUGGCGAGUAAUCGUUGUCGAGGCCAACUCAGUCUUACUGUGGGAAAAACCAUGGUAUCCUGGCGCUGUCAUUGGUUUUACAUCUUUCCUUUUCUUCUUAUUUUGGCUAAUUGAACCGUCCUUCAUCACAACUGUCUCAAUGAUCGGUUUUGUGGUGACUUUGUUGGAUUACCUGGUUCCUACAGUAGUCUCUCGACUAAGCUCAGAAGACAGCUGGACUGGCGCACAAGAAAGAAAACUGGAGGACAUUUGCACUGCUUUAGUUGAAACCAAACUCCAAGCCUCCAAAAUUUGGUGUCAACUAAGCCAUCUUAAAAAUAGCAGACCGAAAUCGUACAUUGUAGGAGUCUUGCUCACUCUGAGCUUUUUGGCAUGGACUGGAAACUACAUCAAUAACACUUUUCUCACAUAUUUUUUGACUGUUCUGGUUUUAAUGUACCCAGGACUCAAGCACCAUGGCUACAUUGAAGAAUACUCCAACUUCAUCCUUCUCAAAGUUUAUGAUAUCUUAGUUACCGUGCAGGGGAAAAAGCCCAAAGCCAAGGCGAAGUAAGCUAGUGCUCUUCAUAUCAUGCCUUUAAGCGGUACCUCAAUCCUGAUUUUCUCUCUCUAAAGAAUGUGUGGGAAAUGAGAUUUGUGGAAAGUGUGUGUUUGCGACUGAAUGGUUGAUAGUGUUUGGUAAUUUCUUACGUUAAUUUUUUAAGAGGUUAAAUUUUUAUCAUACUUUAAGCAAGUGUUCAAAAUUUUACGGAACAAUUAGUUAGGAUUUACAGUUUUUCAUUUUAUCCGUCACUGGUCUGUUCUCUCUAAAGUUUAAUUAACCGUUCCCCUGUGUCUGAGUCCAGAAGUGUCACUCAGCAAGUUAAAAUAUUUUUACCUUCAAUGUUAUGUGCUGGUAUUUAGUAACUCAUUUUUUGGGGGUUUUUUUACCUCGCAAUAUUCUCAGUCCAGCAUAAUUUUUAAUUGAAUAAUCAUCGAAUAUUACGUGGCAUACACUUAAACCUCUAAAUUUUCUCUUAAGAAUCUCUGUGAGUUUCAUAGUUUUGUAAAUUAUCUAUUUUUUUUAUUUUUAGCAAUGGGUCUUUAUCGUAGGCUCUAGUGUUCCUUCUCACUCUGUUUAGUGUUUACAUCGUUAGUCGUUAAGAGGAUAGUAUUUUGCAGAAAGAAACUGGACAAAGAUUUUGAGACCGAAUUUUUUUCAUCAGUGGAAAGGGUCAUUCAUGUUUAUCCCUAGGGGAAAAUUUAAAGUUGCAGGUCUCCAAGGGCUUGUUGGCUCCUCUUUCGUCCUCUUUCUAUUAUCAGAAAGUGUUUUCCGAAAUAUUUUAGCUGAGUUCCUGCUCAUGGAACUUGAAGUAAGUAACAAAAAAAAAUCAGAGCUCUGCAGGUUACAGCUUGUCAAGAAAUCCUAGAGAUAUUUAUUUGGAAUUUUUGAAUACAUGAUUCCGAAAGCUGCGCACCCAUUUACAUAAAUUAAUGAUAAAAAUGCUCUCAAAUUUUGGAAACCGUCAGCAAUACAAGGACUCAAAUAUGAAUAUUUUGAACGCACUAUUGAACUUUAACGUAAGUAGAAAUUACUGAUGGCUCUCUUUGGCAAUCAUCACCCUUAAAAAUUAACAAGAAUAUUUUGGUUACUUUCUGCAAAUUUUUGUCUUAAUUAACUGUAAUGAAUGAAUGGAAAUUUAGAAUUAAAAUUUUUUUUCUCUUUUUUUAAAAAAACAUUUCUUAAGAAUUGACCUGUCUCUUUACGUUGUAAAUAUUCAUGAGAUACUCUCUAGUACUUAUUUGUAGACUCCUUAAAUUAAGUACCCCUACCUGUGUAAACCUACUAGUUCACAUAUUUUGUUGAUAAAUCAACACAUCCCUUGCAUUUUGUAGAAUCAGCAGAAUGUUGAGGAAUUAAUUGAUUCAAAAUUUUUAAGGAUUUUAUAUUCUUUUGUACACAAACCUCAAGAAUCAAAUUGUCUUUGCAUUCAGAAUCAUCACCUCCUCUAGCUGUAAAAUUUUUUUUUUAAAUUUUAUACAAGAAGACUAAGUCAUUAUUUUUUACAGAAUUCUUUUUUUAUAAUUUGUCAAUUUAUUUAUUUGUGUAAACGUGCUUAGUCUUAGGGUUUUCUCGCCCUUAUUCAUAUGUAUUUAAUAAAUUUAUCUUUUACUACAACAA